AUGGGCAAACCACCACCGCUGCCACCACGCAACCCCUCAACCGUGAGCGUUGCGAGCUCUGAGUCGGAGCUGCAUCCGCCGUCGUACGAUCGCCAUCUCAGUCCAGUCCCGACAAACAAUUCGCCCUAUGGAGGUGGCUUCGACGACCCCCGAGCAUCUUCACAGCAGUCUCUGCGGCCCGCCGAGUCCGCCACCGACGCACAGAGGACUCUGCUUCUGGUUUAUAUCCACGGCUUCUUGGGGGACGAGACGAGCUUCAGAAGUUUCCCGGCCCAUGUCCACAACAUUCUUGCAGUGACCCUUGCAGAAACCCACGUUGUUCACUCAAAGAUCUAUCCACGCUACCGGUCCAGGAAGAAUAUAACCUUCGCCCGAGAUGACUUUAGCAAGUGGCUAAUUCCCCACGAGUCGCCGACGACGGACGUUAUUCUGCUCGGGCACAGUCUAGGAGGCAUCUUGGCUGCCGAAGUCGUUCUACUACCUGCCAAAGAUAAUCCAACCAAAUUCCAAAACCGCAUUUUGGGUCAGGUCGCAUUUGACACCCCGUUUCUGGGCAUGCAUCCUGGCGUUGUUGGAACAGGAAUCGCCAGUCUGUUCCGACCGGCGCCAGAUCUACCGAAACAAGAAGACUCCAGCGCAGACAUGUCGCCGUUAUCCACUCAGACCUCCACUUCUGGACUCUCAGAUCUCUCACUGAGUCCUUCCGAUCCGAACUACAACCCCACCUUCUUCAAUGAUAUUCGCCUUGCGAACCGUCAGGGCAAAUUGGAGCGCGGCUGGUACUUCUUCAACAAACACUGGGGCGAGCUGACCAAAGCCUCGAAGGAAUAUGUGACCUCACAUCUCGAAUUCGGUGGCUGCCUCAUGGAUUACCCUGGGCUGCGCAGGCGGUACGAUGCAGUCCGGGCACUCGAAGACAUUGACGAAUUCGACCUUAGGGGCAAACGGCCAAGGGUACGGUUCGUGAACUACUACUCUGCCAGCACUGGCCGGAUCAAGGAGCAAAAGGAAGGCAGCAAGAAAUCGUCGCCGGUACCAAGCCACAACAACUCUACACUGCAACUCCCAGAAGACUCCAGCUCCCUUACACCGAACCGAAGCGGAAGCCCUAGCCCCAGGAUAUCUCUCGAGGAACACCGUGAUGGAGAGGUAGUGCAUAAAGAGCUCGACGAAAUAGCGGAAGACAUGGGCACUGACCAACUCACGCACGUGGACCCGCAACAAUAUAAUAGUGACGGUGAUGGGUCUAUUGGUUGCGGGGAGAAAUCGCGUGAAACAGAAUCCGAUGCAUUGACAAGGACUUCCACGAACAUAUCGACACCACGUAAGAUCGACACAGGAAAACUCGAAGAUGGAACCGAUGAAGUGAAUCUGCCAUCCUUACCACCCGAGCCGAUAUCUCCGAUAGCCUUUGAUCCCAGCACCUGCCACGAUCCAGACACGCUGAAGCUUCGCCAGAAGGAGCACGAUCGGGCCGUGAAAGCAUAUGAGCGUGCUGUGAAGGAUCGCGAGAAAACAAUUCGCGACCGGCAGAAGCUCAUUCAGAAACGAGAGAAGGCUGCGCUGAAACAACAACAAAAGGAAGAAAAAGAGCGCAUCAAGCGUUCAAACACAAUCAAUCCGGAAGCCUACGACAAGCAGCUUCAAGAAGAAGCGAAAGCGCCAAACCCGUCUGCAAAUUACCAGAAGGAUCGCAAAUUUUGUAGUCUCCCGUCCAAGAUCAACGGCAGGCGAGAUCCGACCUGGGUAAGAGUGUACAUGGAAGGGAUGGACGAGGUCGUGGCACACACGAGUCUAUUCUUCAUGAGUGAGGCGUAUUCAAAGUUGGUUGGAGAUACUGCCGAGCGGGUUGAAGGCUGGGUCAAGCAGGACUUGACCAGAAGGGCGGUGAUGGAGGCACACUAUGCUGUUGAUUGA